AUGGUUCCAUCUGCAACCAGCCCUCAGUUACCUACCAGCAAACUCAGCAGUACACCCUUGCUGUCUGAAAAAACUGCGCGCCAUGUAGAGACUUGGUCCAAGCACAUCAGGGGAGGGUUCCCAACCCUGCCAGUUGCUGUUGAAUCAGCCAAGGAUCAUACCAUCACCGAUGUAGAUGGCAAGGAAUAUAUCGAUUUCAUUGGCCAAUUUGCCGUCAUGAACUUUGGCUAUUCUCAUCCCAAGAUCGCCAAGGCAGCUGCAGACCAGGUCUAUAAGAUGCCGCUAAGUGGAACGGCUCACAUCAGCCCAUUGUACGUGGAAUUCGCAGAGCGGCUCACUAAAAAAUUCGGUUUUGAUUCAAUUGCGACCAUGCUGAGUGGAUCUGAGGCAGUCGAAUCGGCCGUCAAGAUCGCUCGCAAAUGGGCUUAUCUCAAGAAAGGAAUACCGCAGGAUCAGGCUCAUAUUCUCACGGUUGACCAAUGCUAUCACGGUCUGACACUAUCUACCAUGCCCAUGGCCACAGUUUCUCAGAAACAUUUCGGACAACAUCUUCCUAACAUUGGACCAUACGCUCCUACAAGCGGUAAACUUGUCCCUUUUGGAGACAUAGAUGUUUUGAGAGAAGUAUUUGAGCAGGAUGGCGAGAGGAUUGCUGCAUUUUUCGUGGAGCCAGUCCAAGGAUGGGCGGGAACCGUUGUUCCUCCCAAGGGCUACUUGAAAGCUGCACAAGACUUAUGCAGAAAGCAUAAUGUCCUCUUGGUUUGUGAUGAGAUCCAGGCUGGCUACGGGCGAACUGGAAAAGACCUUUCCUUUCACCAUGAACCAGAACUGGAGCCUGAUAUAGUGACCAUGGCCAAGGGCAUCACGGGAGGAUACUACCCCAUGUCCGUCAUUAUGGGCAAGAAGCAUGUCAUGGAUUUGUUGAACAAAAAUGAAGUUCUUUCAACGUAUGGAGCUUCUCCUAUUGCUCUCUCCGCUGCUCUAGCUACGCUGGAUGUUCUGGAAGACGAGAAGAUCUCGGACCGUUCUGAACGUCUCGGAAAUCUUCUGGAGAAGACAAUCAAGGAGCUCAACCCACCACACGUAAAAGAGCUUCGGGGGAUUGCGCUUUUCCAAUCUUUGGUUCUUGAUCAAACUAUACCGGGCGUGACUCCUCGAAGAGUCCAGGCUCUCGCUGCUCAUCACGGUGUGCUUGUCGGUAUUGGUGCGGAUCGUUUGAGAUUUAGCCCACCUUUGACAAUUACGGAGGGGGAUUUGGUUAAAGCUCUACAUGUUAUUGCUCAGUGCUUGGAGGAAGUUACGCGUUUGGGAGACUUUGCUGGAAGUGAGUUUCUUAAUUAGAAAGCCUAUAAUGUACAUAUGAGACCAUACUAUUCUAUCGGAAGACAAUAG